AGGGGCGGGGUCUACCGUGUGACAGCACCGUUGUGACCAACUAUAAAUGUGAACGGGGUGGGGGGUUUUGUUUUUGUUUCUCCAUGAGCCUGUAGGAGUUUGUUUUGGGUACAGCGUCAUUUUUCCGACACUGCGUUGUCUGUGAUGUAAUCUCUUCGUGAGGUCUUAGACACACACACACACGCAUAUAUAUAGAUAGAUACAGAUUAGAUAGAUUACAUAGAUAGAUUAGAUAGAUAAAUGAAGUUGAAGUUUCCUGGGAAGAGAUGAGGGAGGAGGCAUAGGUGUAGUAUUCAUUCCUGGGAUCACUCCCCUUGCAUGCAUUUGGAGGUCAUUUAUACAUUAAAGAACUACAGUAUUUCCUGAGCUGUGUCCCCUAGAAACUUCUGUGAACUUAAGAGUACAGCUGUAGGCAUUGGUUGUACCUUUUUCUCUGACACCGGGAGGAGUCGACAGUAUUCUAGUUUCCCUCUUCGAUCUGGGUGUGUUUGUUGUAUGUGGAUCUUUUCUGGUGGUGAACGAUGUGUUCUUAUUUUAACUAGUCCAGGAUGUCAUGACCCCUUUCUCCCUCUUGGUUAUGUAGUUCUGCAAGUGAAGGCCCCCUGAAGUGGAAGACAGCAUUGGUACUUAUUUAUAAUGGCCAACUCAAGGCCUGAAGGUUAGGAAGUCCAAAAUCAAGGGACUGGCAGGUUUGGUUUUCUGGUGAGAGCUGCUCAUUGCUUUCCAAGAUGCUGCCUUGAUGACACAUCAUCUGUAGGGGAGGAUUGCUUUAUCCUCACAUGGCAAAAGGCCACAUGAUGCCCUUUUUAUAAGGGCCUUAAUCCCACUCCUGAGGGGAGGAGCCCUCUGAUCUGACCACUACCUAAAGGCCCUGCCUCCUAAUACUAUCAGAUUAGUAAUACAUGAGUUUGGGAAGGGAUAUAUUUAAAUCAUAGCAAGAGCAUAUACCUGCAUCUUGUUUUUUAUGCAUUCUGACUCUCUGCCUUUUGAUUGUUUAAUCUAUUCACAUUUAAUGUUAUUAUUGACACAGUUGGAUUUACAUCUGUCAUUCCACCUUUUUUCAGUGUAUGUCAAGUUUUUUUUUCUUCCUCUCUUCCUUUACUGCUUUCUUUUGCAUCAGAUGAGUAUUUUCUAAUGUGUAUUUAAUUUCUUUAAUGAUUUUUUUCACUAUAUUUUUGGGUUAUUUCUUUAGCAGUUGCUCUAGGGCUUAACACACACACAUAUAUAUAUCUUAUCAGAAACAGCUUCUGAUUUAUAUUAGCUUAAUUCAAGUGAGAUACAGAAGUGUUACUCUUAUAUAACUAUUUCCUUUCAUCUUCUCUUACAUUAAUAUUGGUUGUCACAUUACAUCUACAGAUGUUUCAAACUCAACCAAUUGUUGUAAUUUUUAUGUUACAUAAAUCUUUUUUUUUUAACUACAAGAAGAAAGGAGAAUCUUUAUACAUUUAUAACUUUUAUUUUAUCAAUCUGAUUUAUCACUUUUGGUUCUCAUUUGGUCCAGAUGGAUUUGAGUUACCAUCUGGAUUCAUUUCCUUAGCCCAAUACAACUUUGCUCUCCCCUGCCUUCUUGGUGUUAUUAUUAGCAAAUAUAUUACAUUUCUGUAUGUUAUGGGUCCAGUAAUACAUAAUAUACAUAUUGUUUCAUAAAAUUUGUGUAUCAGUUAAGAGGAGAAGAGAUAUGUAUGUAUACUGCCUUUUAUAAUUACUAAUUGCCUUGCUUCUCUUUGUUUUGCAUAUGGAUUUGUAUUACUGCUUAAUAUCACUUGUUUUCAGCUUCAAGAGCUUCCUUGAGUACUUUUUAAGUUUCAUUGGAGAUCAUGUCCAUGGAGCUCCUCAUGUUGUCAUGCCAGAAGUGAAGUUCCCUGACCAGUUCUUUACAGUUCUAACCAUGGACCAUGAAUUGGUGACAUUCAGGGAUGUGCUUAUCAACUUCUCUCAGGAGGAAUGGGAAUAUUUAGAUUCUGCUCAGAGGAACUUGUACUGGGAUGUGAUGAUGGAGAACUACAGCAACUUACUCUCACUGGAUUUGGAGUCCAAGUAUGAGACUAAGCUUUUACCUGUAGGAACAGACAUUAUUAAAAACAGUGGUUCUCAGUGGGAGGUAAUGGAAAGUAGUAAGUUAUGUGGCCUUGAAAAUUCCAUUUUCAGAAGUGACUGGCAAAGCAAAAGCAAGAUUGAAGUACAGGGACCUAAAGUGGGAUAUUUUAGUCAAAUGAAAACCAUCUCUCAAAAUGUGCCCAGUAACAAAACUCAUGAAUUUCUUACAUUACCUCAGAGAACUCAUGACAGCGAGAAGCCCUAUGAAUAUAAGGAAUAUGAGAAGGUCUUCAGUUUUGACUCAAAGUUUGAUGAAUAUCAGAAAAUACAUACUGGUGGAAAAAACUAUGAAUGUAAUAAAUGUUGGAAAGCCUUUGGGAUAGAUAACUCCAACAUGCUGCAACUGAAUAUUCAUACUGGUGUGAAACCUUGUAAAUACAUCAAAUAUGGGGAUACAUUUUGUUUUUAUAAAGACCUUAAUAUACACCAGAAAAUUCAUAAUGAGAAGUUCUAUAAAUGUAAGCAAUACAGAAGGACCUUUGGAAGAGUUGGAGACGUUACUCCACUUCAAGGUGGAGAUGGUGAGAAACAUUUUGAAUGCUCGUUCUGUGGGAAAUCCUUUAGAGUGCAUGCACAACUUACUCGACAUCAGAAAAUCCAUACUGAUGAGAAAUCUUACAAAUGUCUGCAAUGUGGCAAGGAUUUCAGAUUUCAUUCACAACUUACUGAACAUCAGAGAAUUCAUACUGGUGAGAAGCCCUACAAAUGUAUGCACUGUGAGAAGGUUUUUAGAAUUAGUUCACAGCUUAUUGAACAUCAGAGAAUUCAUACUGGAGAGAAACCUUAUGCAUGUAAGGAAUGUGGGAAGGCUUUUGGAGUUUGUAGAGAACUUGCUCGUCAUCAGAGAAUUCACACUGGUAAGAAACCUUAUGAAUGCAAAGCAUGUGGAAAGGUCUUUAGAAAUAGUUCAUCCCUGACUAGACAUCAGAGGAUUCAUACUGGUGAAAAACCCUAUAAAUGUAAUGAAUGUGAGAAAGCAUUUGGAGUAGGCAGUGAACUUACUCGACAUCAGAGAAUUCACAGUGGUCAAAAACCUUAUGAAUGUAAGGAGUGUGGAAAGUUCUUUAGACUUACGUCAGCCCUUAUUCAACAUCAAAGAAUUCACAGUGGUGAGAAACCUUAUGAAUGUAAGGUAUGUGGGAAGGCCUUUAGACAUAGUUCAGCCCUUACAGAACAUCAGAGAAUUCAUACUGGAGAGAAACCCUAUGAAUGCAAGGCAUGUGGGAAGGCUUUCAGACAUAGUUCAUCCUUUACCAAACAUCAGCGCAUUCAUACUGCUGAUAAACCCUAUGAAUGUAAGGAAUGUGGGAAUUCCUUUAGUGUGGUUGGACAUCUUACUUGCUGUCCAAAAAUUUAUACUGGUGAGAAAGCAUUUGACUGAAAUGAAUGUAUAAAGUUUUUUUUAUUUCUGAUUUUCACAGGAAAAAACUAUGGAUAGAUUUAAUAGGUAAUCAACGCAAUUCAGUAUCUCCCUCUUUUAGAGUCUAUUUUAGACUUUGUGGCCAUUCUGUAUGUAGAAGUAGAAUUGCUUAGUCAUAGCUGAUAUAUACUUAUCGCUUUGUUAGAUAUUGCCAAAUAUUUCUCUUUUAUAUUAAAAAGUUUUUUUCAGGGGUUUCUCAUCCAGGCAUGUUUUGUUUACACGUUUUGGUGUUUAUAUUUUUGCUCUAUUGUCUUGUUUUGUAAUUGUAGUAUUAUUUCAAUAUUUUUCUUAGAUUGUAAUUAUUUGCUUGUGACAUCUGUACUUAAUUUAUUUUCCUCCAGAAAGUUAGAACUCCCAGUCAGAAACAACAUAUUUUUAUACUCUUAUAGCUCUUCAUUUUGUGUAAUGUGCUUUUUUUUUAAUGAUAAAAAUGUGAUCUUUCCAUUUUCAUCAAAUGGUUCCCUUCUCUUUAAAUUUCUACUUUAUUUUGAUAUAAAAUAUUCCUCUUU